GACUAUAUAAAUGGACUAUGAUGUUCGAUUCAUAUACACGGAUGAUGCAUUUGAUGCAGUCCACGCGGUCCACGCUCUUGUUACUGUUUCUGGCAAUAUGGUGAAUUGUAAGAGAUCCGAUCGUAGACAUACGCCUAUAACGGUUGUGUAAGACGUCACGAUAAAUCGUUCCCAGUAGAGAGAGAUGAUUUUCUCUUGGAGUCGCAAAAUGGAAUCGAGGAUCAUUGUUCUGGGCUUAUUUGUAUUUCUCAUCGCGAUGGCGAUAACGGUCGCUAAAGAACAGAAAAAGAAAUCUUGGCGCGAUAAGGACAUACGAGAUAUGACGGACGCUGACCUGGAACAUUUGCUGGAACAGUGGGAAGAAAACGAGGAACCCCUGGAGCCAGAUGAGUUGCCAGAACACUUGCGACCUGCUCCAAAGAUAGAUGUAUCCAAGCUAGAUCUAAAAAAUCCAGAAAAUGUGUUGAAAAUAACAAAGAAGGGAAAAAGUGUUAUGAUGUUUGUAAAUAUUCAGUCAAAAGUCUCAGAGGAUCAAGCUGAUCUCGCGUCACGUAUCUGGCAAACUGGCCUACAAAACAAUCAUAUCACUGUAGAAAGAUAUCCAAUCGAAAACAAGCGUUACAUAUUCAUGUUUCACGACGGAGCUCAGGCUGUUGAAGGUAAAAACUUUUUGCUGCAGCAAUCUGAAAUAGAAUCCAUCACCAUUGAUGGACAGACGUAUCACCCAAAGGGACAGAACUUUGUAGUCGACGAGUCGUUGAAAAAACCAAGUGCCAAGAAAAACGAGUUGUGAAUCUUGACGUGUUAUUGCAUUUCCAAAAUACUUUCCAUUUAUCUGCCUACUUUGGUACAAAAAGUAGUUUUUUGAGAAAUAUUUUUUUGAGUUAUUUUUUCAGCACAUAAAGUUAUUUCUAACAAGUGUUAAAUUUAUACAGUGCGUUUAUUAGUAUAAUAAAUAUAAAUCGUAUAAUAAAUAAUCUUAUAUACGCUAGCUACAUUCGAGAGCAUUUAUUGAACAACGCAAGAUGGAAAUUCUGUGGAGAGUGCGGAAUGGGCAGCAGAGAGCAGUGUCAUAUUUAUUUCGCGUUUACUUGGUCGCACUAGUCUUGGCAGAUGGUUCCAACUGCGCAUCGUUCAUCGCCCUGACCUCUCGCUGGAGUUCCUUUACCACGGUUGCGAGGGCGUGCGGAUUCACCCCGUUCUCGCAUAGCCUGAUGCAGAUGCUCAGGGUGGUUGGGUCGAGAUUCGUGUUCAGCAGCUUGGAGAUCUGAUAGAGAGUCUGGAACGUCUUACGAGCGGCGUUCACCUGGUGAUUCACAGGCUCCGGCAUGCUGGCUCGCUUCCGGUCCUUUCUAGAAACGAACAAAGCAUAUACUCGCGUCGUAAUAAAUAUCCAACUUGUCAUUUCAGAAAUAAGUUUUGUAAAUAAUGAAAUUAAUAAAUUUAUAAAAAGUAA